AAACUUCGGGACGAUUAUCACGUGAAAUUGAUUCAAACAUGCCUUCCAACAAGAAGAGGACGUCAAGCAUCGACCUGAAACCGCUGGUCUUGGAAAAAUUAGCCACCACCAACACAUCUAGAAGGUCAAGCAGAUCGAGCAAUUCUCCGGUGUCAGCAAGAAACUCGGCGACUUCGGCGUUCCCGCUAUUCAAGUCAAUGAACGAGAGUGAUGAUUCGUUGACAAGGCAGCAUCAUCAACUCGGGACGAUGCAGGCCAUAAUGAAUGUUAAAAUACCGUUCCCGGUUAUGAUACUAAUGAUGACAACGUUUAUUUGGAUGUACAACCAUUUAACGGUGUUGUACGCUUCUUCAUAA